AGUGGUGAAGUUUCCCCCUUCAGUUUAAUUGAGUAACUUGACUUACAAUUAGCAACAUCAAAUUACAUCAUACUAAUCAAUCCUACAGCACAAAUUCUCCAUAUCAUCAUCAUCAUAUGAUCAUCAAAUGGCCAGAAACUGCCUGCAAGCGGCGGAGCUAACCACCAGCGGCCGCCCAGUCCUCCUUCCAACGGAGAUCGAAUGCUCACUCCUCUCCACUGUAGACCUCGAAUGCGAAGACCUCCCCAACUUCCCUCACCUCAAAUCGGGUCUCCUCAUUCUCACCACCCACCGCCUCUUAUGGCUUCCCGAGUCCACCGCCGCCUCUUCAGCCUCCGCCAUCCCUCUCGCCGCCAUCACCCACAUCUUCUCCGCCAAAAAGUCAAUCAAGUCCAUGUUCGCCUCACCCCGGCUCCGAUUCCAGCUCUCGGUCUCGCCCGAAGGCUGGGUUUCGGAUUCGGGUUCUGGUUCAAGGUCCGUGGUGGUGACGGUCGUGGUCAGGGGGAAGGGCGAUUUGGACGCCUUUUUGAACAAGUUUUGGGACAGCUGGCGGGGAAGGGCCUGGGAGAUUGUGCAUGAGCAGGCCGGCUCGGAUGUUGCUUCGGGUUCCGGGUCGAGCUCUGGGAUGUAUACGAGGGAAGGGGCGGUGAGGAUGGUUGGAGUGUCAGGGAUUCUAAGGAAGGAGCAGGAGAUGUGGGAGAGUACUGAUAAGAGCUUGCAAGACGCUUUCCAGGACUUGAAUGCUCUCAUGAGUAAGGCUAAAGAGAUGGUGAUGCUAGCAGAGAAAAUGAGGCAGAAACUUUUAUCUGGCUCGACUUCUCAGCCCAGUGCGGAAAAUGAUGAAGAAUUGGGUUCCAAACAAGAGAUGCAAGAUUGGUUGCUGAGUGUUGGUAUUAUAUCGCCUGUUACCAAGGAGUCUGCUGGUGCUAUGUAUCACCAACAAUUGUCCCGUCAGUUAGCAGAUUUUGUCAGACUUCCACUUGAGAGAUCUGGGGGAAUGAUGAAUCUUAUAGACAUCUACUGUCUCUUCAAUCGUGCUCGAGGCACAGAAUUGAUCUCGCCAGAAGAUUUGCUGCAAGCAUGUUCUCUCUGGGAGAAGUUUGACGUCCCUGUAAUGCUUCGAAAGUUUGAUAGUGGAGUCAUGGUCAUCCAGAAUAAGUCCCAUAGUGAUGAAGAGGUGAUCUUAUUAUCUCUCUGUAAGCUGUUUCAUGUUGAUAAGAUUCUACAGUUGUGUGGGUUGAAACAUAUUUCAUUUCUGGUGGAAAUGAUUUUGAUUCCCAAAUCGUCAGAAUGAUUCCUGGACAGGAAUGAGAUUCCUUAUUUUAUGCGGGGCCUAUAUUAUAUGGCUCCCAUGUUUCUCUUGAU